AUGAGAUUUGUGGAGAAGAAGAUGAAGCAAGGCGUCGCAACAGAGACGCAGAGGCUGAGAGUCUUACCGGAAUAUCUCAGGGGAGGCAGACCGGCGAUGUCGACGCCGGAGCCAGCGAACGUGACAGUCGACGGAGAAGUCGAAGUGUCUGUCGGAAUCGCAGAAGAUCGAAAGAAAGGAAAAGCUAAAGGGUUUGUCAUUAGGGAUUUUGACCAAGUCAAAGGUGGAGAAUGUGAAUCUAAUUGCCUUGUCCAAAAUCAGACCAAACUAGACAAAUCUACUCUCUAA